AUGGAUGCGCGUUUUGAUCAUACGCCCGCAGAGAUACAAUGUACGAGCUGCAAAAAACCCGGAUACCCCAAGGUAUGCGCCAUCUGCAAGGUCGCACCAGCACUAGAAGGCGAUGCAGAUGUUCCUCGUUAUUGCAACACGUUGUGUCAACAGGCUGAUUGGAACCACCAUAAGAAAACUUGCAAAAAGCUUCGACUUCGCACGCAGUUGUAUGCUGCUACGUCUCUCGCACAGAGGAUCUUCUACAUAUACCGUGAGAUUACAUGGGCAGGAAUGGAUGUCAAAGAAGCUAAAAUCGAUGGGGAAAAGAUGAUUCUUGAAGUUGUGAACGAUACGCAUGCGCACGAAUGGAAACCAUUGUCCUCUCAAUUGUUUCUAAAUCCCAAGGAUAGACUCGAAGUCCUCAAUUUUCGUGCGUGUAAAGAAGCGGUUGCGUGGAUGGUGGUUUGUUUCCAUGGUUUGUUGAAUGGCACAAUCAAGGAAAUAAAGAAAAUUGUAUGCGAACCCAAGAAUCCCAGAAGAACAAUUACCGCGGGUAAAUACACCACAUAUAAUAUGGACCACGAGCUUUUUGGAGUCAUACUGCGUUCAGGAGAGCGCUUUGCUAUUGAUAUCUCUGGCGCUCAAUAUGGUUAUUACGAGCCUGUCGUUCGCUGGGAAACUUAUACUAGUACCAGAAUCGAGAAGAUCCUAUCACAGAACGUUUGUCCGGUACCAACAAAGAAGAUGUUCGAUUUGAACGAUUACAGCGCGGAACAUAUUGCGUCUCAAAUGGAGAGUAUCAAUGCCAAAUUUGGCCAUCCAGAGCGGACCUUCCAGUUCGCACGCUUCUUCGAGACUGUAAACGUUCUCUUUCUUGAAUGGCAGAACGGAGAAGAUUGCAGUUUGGAGGCAAUAUGGAAGUUACCAGAAGAUGAAAGUUUGAGAAAGCAGAAGCUUCUGGUUGAUUUUGUGGAUUGGAGACUCAAUGUUAUGUUGAGGGGCAAGUUUUUCACGGUCAAUGGUCAAAGAUUGGUCGCAGAAGUUAAGGGUAUUUGGGAACAUGAAAGAAACAAGUAUCACAAGUAG